AUGACACUUUCACACCCGGAGACACUUCGAGACCUCCACCAAGACCUUGUGCAAAAGUACAAGGUCCACGGUGCGAGAGUGGACGAGAUUUGGAGGUCGCUUUCGAAAAGUCAAAGGAAGCAUUGCAUGCAAGCUGGGGCAACAGACGGCGAAGUACUGAAGCACCCAUUGGACAUCAGCCUCGGCGCUGUUUACAAGUUCAUACCGGAAUGGAAUCUUCGCGACAUUUCAGAGCCCGGUUCUGACUUCUUCCUCGAACUUCUCAAACACAUAGCGACGACCACCCUGGUCCAGCAGUACUGCGGGUUCAACGGCGGACUUGGCGAUUACCACCACAUCGUCAACGUGAUGGAUAGAACAUACCUGCGCCACGCCGACUCCUUCGAAGACUGCUACACUUUCUUCAUUGACGAAAAGUACGGAGUAUCUAUCAAGCUUUCGCACGAGAAGGAGAAGUCAUUGGCUGUAUUUGCGCCUGCAGUACGGGCCAAUGUCUGCGUGCCACAGUCCUUUGGCCAAUUGGUGCUUGACAGGCAAAUGAUGCUACUCCAAUGCCUUAAUGUCAUGGCGGAAGACGUCCUGAGAAUGGGACCACGGACAAAGGAUCAACAGCAGUCAUUCAAGAACGACGAGGGAGAUGGACUAGCAUGUGCCUUUUCUAGCCUAUCUGUUCGAGACACCACAGGCAAGAUCGAGCUCAGAGACCUCGUGGCCAGCGCUCGCGACCGAAUGUCGGCUCUGGAGGAACGUGUCGACCUCCUCCGCACCGAGUCUAUCAUGCUUGCCCAUGCCGUCAAUGCUGUAUUCUUUAGUCGCCCGGACCUUGUCCCCGAUGAGAAGGGACGUGUGUUGCCGGUGCACACUGACAAGUUCAUCGGUGCCGCCUUCUUUGAUGCUGUUGAUAUUGGCAUCCAGGCUGGGGCUACCUGGGCCUACAUCACUCGUUGUAUUGAGCUACUAGAAGGCUCAACUAACAAAGCAUACAGAGGAACUAUUCUUCAAGAACUUUCCAAUGUGUGCCACCUCCAAUACUCCCGGGCGCAAGCUCAAUUCAAGCGGCACCCCGCAACGGGAAGUGGCUCCAAGCGGUUCAGGCGCAUCGCCAAUCAGUUCGACAAAGCUGGUAACUCACGCCUCCACAUGAAAGUCAAUGUAGCGGAAUUGACCAGGAGCGACCCUCAAUGUCACUACCUCCUGCGACUGUGCCAAUCCGAAACCACCACUGCAAAGGCCGCAGAGUGGUUGAAGAAACUGGGCGAACUUUACGCUUCUCAUCCUUCGGAGCGCGAGCGACUGGUUGAACGGGAAGCCGAGUCUCUGGCCGAUUUCUCUGUCAUCACUGGAUUUGUCAACGACCUUACCUCGUCGACCUCCCUCCCCACGGCUUCCCGCAAGAAGGGCCAUAUAUUCGUCACGAAGAGUCAAGAGCUCGAAGCCGAGCUAGCGCCAAUCAAGAUGGAGAUUGACUUGCGCGACUAUGCUGCCCCCAUCGACAACCUUAUCGAGCCUGGAAUGGCUGAUAAAGCCUUCGACGCAAUGGAAGCGCACACUGUCCAGAAGGCUGGCGCAACGCUGGGAUGCCUCUACCAGGCCUUGGCCGAGGAGUGUAUCGCUGAUCUCGAGGAUCAAUGCGAGCAAGCUCAAGCGCGAAAGGAGCAGGACGGCAAGGCUGAGCAGAUUCCGGUGCUAGCCACGCAAGAGCCUCUGGAGGAGCAGAUGGAAAGUCGAAGGCACAAACAGAAGACGCGGCCUACUCAACCUUCCGCCUUCAAAGUAGCUACGAACACGCCGGAGAUUGAAGAGCAGGAGCCUGCGCAGAUGUCGCAGACCCUGAGUGGGAGCGAGUCGACCAUGAAUAUCUUUAUGAAGAUUUUCAAAAAGUCGGAAGCUCGAGGCUCAGUGAGUUGGGUGUCGUUCGAGGCGGCCAUGGCCGAUCUGGGUUUCUCGGUCCAUUCGAAGUAUAGCUCUGUCUAUACGUUUCGGUCGCUUGAAUCUAUGGCGAUUCGGAAGCCAGUAACCUUACACCGUCCGCACAAUGGACAGGUCGAGGGCGUUAGACUUUUAACACUGGCACUGAGGUUGAAGCGCACCUAUGGAUGGAGUGAGCAGACGUUCCAAGUUGCUUGA